CUUAAUACAUACACAAGCUAGUAGUCCUUUACAUAUAAUCCAUCACUACUAUACUCUCAUAUAAAUUGCUGAUUAGUACUGAAUAAUGAAGAUACUAUCCUUUAAAAAAAAGUUUGUCUUGCUUGUUUUCUUGUUAGCCACCUUCACUACCUUGGCACUAAGCCAAGGCAAUCAGGGACGUGGUAGUCGUGGCACUCGUGUUGGCUUCUACAGGUCCACUUGCCCAAGUGUCGAAUCCGUUGUCCAGUCAGCGGUCCGGUCUGCAGUUCAAGCUAACCCUACCAUUGCACCUGGUUUACUAAGGAUGUUCUUCCAUGACUGCUUUGUCAAUGGUUGUGAUGCAUCUAUACUAAUUAACGGUGCAUCAACCGAAAAGACUGCGCCACCCAAUUCUCUCUUGAGAGGCUUUGAAGUUAUUGAUGCUGCAAAGACACAACUCGAAACCACCUGCCCUGGAGUCGUUUCUUGUGCUGAUAUUCUAGCCAUUGCUGCCCGCGAUUCCGUUGUCCUGACGGGUGGACGUAGUUGGCAGGUGCCCCUGGGACGUAGAGACGGAUUGGUUUCACAAGCAUCUGAUACGGCAAACUUGCCCGCUUUCAAUGACCCAAUGACUGUCCAAAUCCAAAAGUUUGCCGACAAAGGUCUUAACAUCCAAGAUCUUGUUACCCUUGUUGGUGGACACACAAUAGGAACAGCAGCUUGUGCUUUAUUCAGCUACAGACUAUACAACUUCAACAACACCAAUGGACCCGACCCGGAUAUUAACCCAGCCUUCUUGCCACAGCUCCGAGCACUCUGCCCAAAUGGUGGUGAUGGGUCGAGGCGUGUGGCCCUUGAUACAGACAGCGUGAACAGCUUUGGCAGUUCGUAUUAUGAGAACCUGAGGAACGGACGGGGAGUAAUUGAAUCGGAUGCCAAGCUAUGGAGCGACAGAAGGACCCAACGGUUUGUCCAAGGAUUUUUGGGAGGAAACGGGCAAAGAUUCAACGCUGAGUUCGGAAGGGCGAUGAUAAAGAUGGGCGAUGUUGGGGUCAAAGCAGGAACUCAAGGCGAAAUUCGUAGAGUUUGUACUGCAACCAAUUAAUUAAUCAACUGAUGAAAGUUAAUUGCACAAUUAAUUCAUACUUCAAUUGUCAAUAUAUAUAUAUAUGGGUCACACACACUUGAAUUAAAUCGA